AUGAAGGUCAUCAUUGUAAGCUUGAUUAGGGUAAACAUACCCUUGUUAUCUUCAAUAACAGCCUCGGGUAAAACGUUCUUGACUGGCGUCAUGCCAAAAAGAGAAGAUGUGGCAUUUUCCCUCAACCCCUUCAGAGACUUUCGUGGACGACGUAUCCCUUCAAUUUUUCCCGACAAUUUUACGUGGAUGUUGCGCGCGUAUAUUUCUCUCGGGAACAUAUCGGGUCUUCCAAAAUUCAAACGUGGCAAAUGCUUCCCUGCGGGUUUCCUGCGCCAUUUUUCUGUAUUUUUUCCCUUUUCCCUCAAAAAACUCAAAAAGAAAGAAAGAAAAAGCAACCCUAGGGAUUACCCAGGGAAGGCAAAUAAAGAGAGGGUUAUGUUUAAAUUUGUCAUUAGGUUUAGGGUAAGAAAAUAUGAAAACUUUGAGUACAUAUUUUCAACGAAAUGGAAUGAAAGGCGCCCAAGAAAAAAAAACGUAUUAAAUACAGAUCACUCACAUUAG